AUGGCUGCCAACAUCCACCCGCAGAAGCUGCCCCCGUCUGCGGCCUCCGAUUUGUCCUGCGCUCAAGAAGAUCCACCGCCGCCGGAAGGCGAUGGUCAACCGCCGGAAACGGAGGGGGAACCACCACCGCCACCUGAGCAGUCGGCGGAUCCCGAGCCCACUCCUGAGCCGGAGCCCGAACCGUCCGGAGUGCCGGAAAUAGCCAUCGACGAAGCUGCGGGUGACUCGGGAGGGGAAAUUCUGGACGACGAUCAAGAAGGUGAGGACGACGAACAUGACCAGGAGAAUCCCCAAGGUCAUGAGCACGAGUCCGAAGAGGAGGAAGAACAGGAGGAGGAAAUAUCCGAAGAAGAUCUGCUGCAGGUAAUUUCGCAAUGCCUGGGAAUGGCUAGGGCAGACCGUCUCGUAAGCCUUUCUCGAGAAGCUAAAUGCCACACGAACAGAAGCAUUCAAAGAGCGCAUGUGAAAAGCUGAACAUA